UCCUGCGAUGUUAGGGCUCAACCCAUUCCUUCUUGACUGAGAGAAGUGUUUGGGGAUUUCUAAGUCUUUUUUUCUUCUGUAGCUUUCCCAAGCUCUACAUUUCAACUCAAAGCUUCUCUGUAGCUGUUCCCUUUCGCCCACCAUGAGUCGUCCCUUGGUACGCUUGCUCCUUGUUGGGCUGCUUCACCAGACCACGAUGGCCGUCCAAAUGGAUAAACUAGCAGAUCGCAAGAUGUGCGGAGAUGCAGAAUGUUCAUAUGUUCUUUCAAUGGCCACGGCUGUGGAUGACUUCAUGGCUCCUGACUGUAGAUUCAUCAACAUUAAAAUGGGUCAGAUGGUUUAUGUGUAUUCUAAACUCAUACCACCAGAUGGCGCUGGAGUAUUCUGGUAUGGAAGUGUAGAACGGGAUAUUUUCCUGCAACUGUGGUGAAAGAGACCAGGACAUUUACAGACAACACAGUUUGGAAACAAACCACUGAUAUGGACUUCUAUUGUGAUUAGUGGGCAAGAGACUGAAUAUUUUGGAGUUUUCCUUUCAAUAUCCUGUUUUUUUUAAAAUAUAAAGAGCACUCAUCUCUGUCAAAUUCAUUCAUUAUGUAUAAAAAUUAUUUGAUGGAUUGCAUUUAGGAAGACAACUUUAGAUUUUUCUCUCUUUGCAGCACUUUUUUCUGCCUUUGCUGUUUACAUAAAAUUUAAAGUUCAAGUGAUUUUUUUAAGUAAUAAAAACAUAUGUCUCUUCGAAUAAAAAACAAUAAAGGGACAUACUUCUUUUCA